AUGUCAGACCGUUUGUACUACCAACACGGGAUAUAUUGUUAUAACAAGACUGAGGCCUUCGAGAUUGACGGUAAUAUAACAACGAAAUGUGCCGACGUUUUAACGGGUGGCGUUCCAAUGAAGUUUGUUGGUAUCGCAUAUGACAAGAUGUACGGUAUGUCAUCUUAAUCUUGAAAAUGAGUUAACUCAUAUCUAGCUAUCUAGUCUUAUAUUCUGUUGACUCGACUAUUAGGUGCCGACAUAAAGUACCCGCCAUACUUCACCUGUGAUUUCCUGUAAAAUAUGGCGGGUUCUUUAUGUCGGCACCUAAUAUAUAGUUUUAUGUUAUGUAAACCCAUCUACCAUAUCUACCCUUAUGUUGAUUUAGGUAUGCCAAACCAAGAAUACCAGCCAUUUGCUAAUUUAAUAUUGCAAAACGGAACAACAUACAUGUAUGCUAAUGGAGCAAAUAUAUCCAGCUAA